AUGCCAGGAGCUUCACAAAUAUUCACUCGGGACAACCUCCCAACGAAGGUGGAACGAGGGACUAAGGACUCGGAAUUAGCAGGAUGGAUGUCUCGCCAUGGCCCUGUUUUAGGCUCGCAUCAACCACUGGAAGUACAGAGAAGCGAACACGACGCUUUCGUUACAAAAAAUCCAUACAAGAUAGGAAAAAUUGAGCAUUUAGGACUUAGUGGGCCUCACGGCACAAUCCCCGUAAGAGUAUACCAUGCUUCGAAGCCCGGUCCUGCUCAUGGAGCAGCAUUAGUAUACUUACAUGGGGGAGGCUAUACAGUAGGCACACUUGAUCAAUUUGACAAUGCCAUGAGAAUUUUCUCAGAAAUUAGCGGUUGUCAGGUAUACAACGUUGACUAUAAACUAGCGCCAGAAUACAAAUGGCCUACUCAAAUGAAUGAGGGCGAAUACGUCGUCAGGUGGCUUUUUAAGAAUGCAAAAGAUAGAGGUGUAGAUGAGAAACGUAUUGCUAUUGGAGGUGAUUCAGCCGGUGGAAAUAUGACCUGUUCCAUAACGCAAAAGCUGCGCAACGAAGGUGGUCCGAAAGUCGCUUUACAAAUACCUAUUUAUCCUGAGACAAAGAUGCCGUUUGAAACAAAAGCUGCUGUGGAGAACAGAGUUGGUGAAUAUGUAGAAACAGCUGGUGUUUUCAGUUUCUUGUGGCAUUUACUUCCACCUUCCGUCGAUUAUACUCAACCUUACGUAACCCCUCUAAAUGCAAAAGACUUUAGCAACCUACCUCGAGCUUUGGUGAUAAAUGACGGAUUUGACAUGCUACGGGAUGUUGCUCAUGAAUACGCUCGCAAACUGGCAGCUGCCGGAAAUGAUUUAGUUUACAUCUAUAACGACGAUCUUCCUCAUGGGUUCAUUCAAAUGGCUCCCUUCGCGAAGCGAUGCUUGGAAGCUACAGAAGAGAUUGCCCACUAUAUUGGAAAGCUCUUGAAGGCAUAA